AUGCGAGGACAAUGCUUGCCGCCCGGCGACGCAAGUGUCUUCGCAGCUGUUGACAUCGCUUGGCUUUACUUUUUCACGAAGCUCGCGCUUUCAAGAGAGGCUAUUUUCGAAAGUCACACAGCUAUUUUGUAUGAUAACGUGUACCCCGCGCAGGCGGUGCAGCAAGAUUUCGUUUAUCCACCGCUUGAACCACAAUUUAUUGCGAACGGGGAGUUUUUCCCAACCACACUUUCUCGUUAUUGGCAAUCGCCGGCGGAUAUCACAUUUUUACGGCAUGAUACCAUUGGGAAACCGGGAGGAUCGCUUAUAACACAAGUUUUCGCAUCGGGAGGUCCUGCUUACGACUGGUUCAGGAACGAGUCCACUGUGAACGAUCUUUCGUGGCCGGGUUUUUUACCGAACGUCGCGCAAAUUAUUCCGCCAGAGACCAGGGCUGGACAAUUCGCGUUAAACGGCGAUUUGCAUGUGGUUGACAAAGUUUUAGUGCCGAAUCCAAACGCGUUCUGCCGCGCUGGGGACUUUGAAUUCUAUCAAGGUUUCGCGUUCUCGAGCCUCGUGACGACGCGGAUUGAUAUUUCCGGGCAACCUAUUAACGACAUCGUCCCGAGGGCGCUCGCGUUCUCGUUUUGCGAGAGGCUUCCUUGCACUUAUGAAAUUCCAGGACUGUACGGAAGAGCUGGUUUCAGAUUAUCAGUCGAAGCCACGGUUCAGUAUAAAUCUGUCCUUCCGCUGUGCGAUCCCUGGUGUUCGCCGAGUUCCUUCUGGUGGUGUAUCCCGUGUACGGGCAUUUACGCUCAAAAUGUUUUAACCAUCGGUGGUUGCGCGCCCUUUCAAAACGAGCACCACUGCGGUGGAGCACUUUCGAUAUGGGUGACCGACGCGGGAGAGGUUCGCUUCGGUUUCCAGACGUUCAUCGAGUCGUUCUCGCUUCUUCCGAUCUUCAUCGGAGGUGGGAUGCGCACCGUGGACUUGUCCGUCCCAGCCAAAGGGUUCAAAGUCCACGACGGGCAGGUUUUCAAGGUCCUAGCCUCUUACGACGGGCUGUGCAACUGCACGAAAAUUUACAUAAACGAUAAGCUCCGAGGGAUUGCGGACCCGUUCGACAUCGGACAGUACGUGUUCCAGCCGUUCGCGAACGUGAGCGAUAACCUCUUCGAGAGCGUGACGUUGGGUCACGCCCUGCACUCACGCGGCGGCGUGCCGACGGCGACGACGUACCCGACCGCGGAGGAGGUACUCGCCGCGACGGGUGGUACCAGCGGGACGAACUCGAGCGGCGAGGAGGAUGUUCUUCUGGUCGCGGACGCGAACUUGUACAUUCAAAAGGAUUGGUCGCUGCCGGCGGCUGGGCAAUUCGCAACGUAUCCGUCGGACCCCGUGCUUGUCGGGAGAAACCCGACGCAGCUCUUUCUGCCGUGGAAAGGAAACGUGCUGAGCGCGAGCGUGUGGUUCGAUAACGGGAACAGGCAAGGGAUCGUGUAUCCGUCGACGUGCGUAACGCCCCCGUUUGGGUUGCCGCCACCGUUGAGGAAGUGAGGAAAGCGAAGGGAAGGCUCCGCGU